UGGAGCUGCUGCACGAUGGCAGCGCCCCCUGGAUCCCCAUCUGCCCAGGCUGCAGAGGCGCCGCUGUCCCAGCCCGGGGAGCAAACGGUGGAGAUGGGCUCGGUCAGCAGAACUGGUCGUCUCUCAUUCUGUACGAAGGUGUGCUAUGGCUUUGGUGGGAUCCCCAACCAGGUAGCUUCCAGCGCCAUAGCCUUUUACCUACAGCUGUUCCUGCUUGAUGUGGCACAGAUUCCUGCUGCCUACGUGUCACUUGUCCUGUUUGGAGGGAAGGUGUCUGGGGCAGCUGCCGACCCUGUAGCUGGAUUCUUCAUCAACAGAAGCAGGAGGAGAGGGUCUGGACGACUUAUGCCCUGGAUGCUCGGCUGCACACCCUUCAUCGCCCUGGCCUACUUCUUCCUGUGGUUCCUGCCCCCCUUCACCAGCCUGCGUGGCCUCUGGUACACCACCUUCUACUGCCUGUUCCAGGCCAUGGCCACGUUCUUCCAGGUGCCCUACACAGCGCUCACUAUGCUCCUCACCCCCAGUCCCACGGAGCGGGAUUCUGCUACCGCAUACCGGAUGACCAUGGAGAUGGUGGGGACACUGAUGGGAGCCACUGUCCAUGGGUUCAUUGUGUCUGGUGCCCACCGGUCCAACCACUGUGUGGACACUGAGCUCCCAGUGCCUGCUGCUAUCUCCCCGGAUGCCACUCGUCUCUACUCCAUUGCAGCCGCUGUGGUGGUGGUGACUUACCACGUUUGCAGCGGUUUGCUCUGCCUAGGGGUGAAGGAGCAGCCAGAUCCUUCUGCCUCUGCUUCAGGCCAAGGCCUGGGCUUCCUGGCUGGGCUGGGCCUCACUGCCCGGCACCCACCCUAUCUGAAGCUAGUGGUCUCCUUCCUGUUCAUCUCAACUGCUGUUCAGGUGGAGCAGAGCUACCUGGUCCUGUUCUGUACUCAUGCCUCCCGGCUCCAAGACCACGUCCAAAACUUGGUGCUCAUCAUCCUGGUCUCAGCUGUGCUGAGCACCCCCUUGUGGGAGUGGGUUCUCCAGCGAUUUGGGAAGAGGACACCAGCCUUCGGGAUCUUUAUGAUGGUGCCUUUUGCAAUCUUACUGGCUGCUGUACCCACAGCACCUGUGGCAUAUGUUGUGGCCUUUGUCUCUGGUGUGAGCACUGCUGUGUCCUUGCUGCUACCAUGGUCCAUUCUGCCAGAUGUGGUGGAUGAUUUCCAGCUGCAGCACCGGCACGGCCCUGGCCUAGAGACCAUCUUCUAUGCAUCCUAUGUUUUCUUCACCAAACUUUCAGGCGCUGGAGCCCUGGGCAUCUCCACCCUCAGUCUGCAGUUUGCAGGAUAUAAGGCAGGAGCCUGCAAGCAGGCAGAGGAAGUAGUGGUCACCCUCAAAGUCCUCAUCGGUGCUGUGCCCACCUGCAUGAUCCUGGCUGGUCUGUGCAUCCUCAUGGUUGGCCCCACUCCCAAGGUGCCAAGUCAGGACACCUCCCUCCAGCUAAGCCUUCGGAGGAGGACCAGCUACAGCCUCGCUUAAAAUUUGAAGGACACACACCUGUAAUCCCAGCAACCCCAGGAGUCUUGAGGCCCACAGCUAUGGAGUCAGCUGACAGUGGACGGAUCCUCUGAAACCCAUUCACAAAUGAAAAAAACAUUUGCUCUUUGAC